AUGAUAUAUUUUCAGGUCGAGAUACUGAAUGUGAUCCAAGAUGAACUAACGACUGUUGAUACACUCCAAGAAGAAUUGGUUCGACAACAAGAAAGAAGUAAAACUUUACAGGAAGAAAUAUCUAAGAGCGAAGAUGAUAAAGCGAUUCUACGUCAAGAACUUGAACUACAACUAGGAAAGAUUGCUGCCAAUCAAAAAUACUCAGCUAUGUUAGAUGGAAAAGUUCAGGCGGUACGUUCUUUCAGUUGUAUAAUAAUGUGGGUUUUUUUGUGAAUUAUCUGAAAAAAGCAAAAAUACUUCGAGUGGACAGGAAUAGCCUGAGGGACUUCUAGCAAUGUUUAAAAAACAUGGGCUAUUGUUCGAAAGCUGGUCAGCUUAAUCCUGAGUUAACGAACACUCUCAAAGCAAUCUCCCUAACCUAACAGCUUGCAACUUAUAUAAACGUGGAUUUGGACCCCACAAUUAUUUUAGACAUUUUAAUUUUAUUGGUUCUAUUUUCUGGUAAAGAUUUUCUUGAGGAAUUUGGAAAAGUACAGUAUAAAAAGUUUUCGGCCAACCAACCAUUUCGGAGUAAAAAUGUUGGAUGUUUAUCAUGAAUGAAAAUGAACCUGGCCAAAAAACUAUUUGGUCGUAUGUCUACUUUUUAACAAAAUGAUGCAAGCAUUUAUCAUUGGAGACGCACAUUUUCCCUAGCUGUAAACACCGUGGGCGAAUAUUUACUAAUAAAGACUUCUGUUUUUGUUUAGCUCAAUGACGAAAACCUAGAACUCCGUAUGAAACUUGAAGAACUUGCUGCCGUAAAUAGUCCAAAGCAAUUGAACGAAGAAAUUGAAGCGUCGAAAACUCGUCCACAGGAGAUGGAAGCGCAAAAUACAGAGUUACGUGACAGCUGUCGUCAGUUUGAAGAUAAAUGUCAUGGUUUACAAUACGAACUUGGCGAAAAAUUGUCUCUUCCUGUCGAAACAAAUGCCCAAAGUUGCUCAGAGGAUGCAUUAAAAGUGAAAGAAUCUGAAAUUGCUGUAAUGACAAAUCCGACAUCCGAAGGCUGUAAUGACAAAUCGGACAUCAUGAAAGAUCUUGAAAAGCAAUUGGCCGAAGCGUUGGAAACUAAACAGGCUUUGGCAGAGCAGUACGACGGCUUCGUGGAAGGGUUCGCCAACGAAACGAAAUUAGAGUUAGACGAAAAAGACGCUGAAUUGGCAAGACAGUCUGAAGAACUGAGACAGUUGCGUGAACAGUUAGAACGAGAAUUAGCCAAGAACUCUGAAAUGGGAGAAAAAGAAAAAGAACAUGAAGCACGAAAUGAGGAUAUGCAAGCAGACAACGAAGAUUUCCCAACAGAAACCAUCAAUCCCGAAGAGAAACUGAAGUCUAGUUCGGUUGCGCAGGAGGAACUUGUUCAGUACUACGAAUCCUGUAUAGAAAAUCUCCGACAGGAAUACUAUGCAGAGUUGAAGAAGAGAGAGGAAAUGUUUUCUGAAGCGGAAAGUAAACGGGACGAAGAAUUGGCACAAAAAGAUGCAACUUUGCAAGAGAUGAUGGGUGAACUACAACACUUGAAUGCACAACUUGAAGAAGUGGAACUAACCUCCACCAUUUCCCAGGAAUCUAAAGCUAUUCCCGAAUUGCAUACUGGUUUACCUUUGUCUCCAAAGUGCCAGUCCGGGAGUCAACAGUGUGUCGAGCGAAAGCGAAAACACUCAGACGAAUUGACCGUUGUUGAAGAUCGAAUGAAAGCAUUUCCAGAUGCAGUUGAACGAAAGCGUUUGAAGGAUGAUAAGAUUGCUAAAAUCAAUGAACAGUUUGAUAAAAUUGAUGAUUUAAAGCGACAGCUAGAAUUAGCUUCAGCUGCCAAGGAAGAAUGCGAGGAAAGUAUGACGAAACUUCAGCAUACAUUUGGGCUAAAAUUGAGCGAGAAAGAUAAGGAAGUACAAGAUUUGAUGGAAAAGGUUAAACAACUAGAGGAAAAGCUUUGUGAUACGAAUGACACGUCGCCGGAAAAAACAUCGCCCGAAAAUACAAGCACUGAAGUUACUAUAUUUACUGAGAUCUCGGUGAAUGAACUUAUAAAUAAGUUUGAGCAGGAAAUAUUACAGAAAAAUGUGGAACUUCAACAAAAGUCGUUAGAAAUUGAAACCCUUGAGAAUUCAAGCGGCGGUCACUGUGACAAAGAGCAUGUAGAGAUGACCAAGCGUAUUGAGAAGUUGCAAGAAGAAUUAUACCAAAGAAACGAGCAAUUACAUGAAAAGAUCUGCGAAACUGAACAUUUGAAGCUGUUAAUGGGUAGUCCAUCUGAUAAUGAAUCGCGAGAGGAAAUGCCCCCGUGUGAUGUUAAUAUGCAGGAAAAGCCGUCAGAGGAACUAGAUGAGGUUAAUUCUGAUUGUGAGAUAGACGAUCUUAAAAGACAGCUUAUAGAAGCUCAAGAGGCUAAUGAAAGAAUGCUUUUGGAAAACGAUAUCAGCGUAGCCGGGUUACAUAAAAAGUACCAAGCAGAAUUAGCCGAGAAGACCAAAGACGUACAAGACAAGUCUAAAGAAAUCGACUGCCUGACUACAAAACUGAAAUACAAGAUGUUAACGUUAAUUGAAAAUCCUGAAGUCGAAGCUGUUGAGGAGGAAAUUAACAUGUUGGAAGAUGAAUUGGAGGCUGCUAAUAAUUCGGUUAAGGAAAUGGAAAUUCGGGUGUCCGAAAUGGAAGCACGUUCCUGUGAAGAGGUCAACAUAUUGAAAGAAAAAUUAGAAGCUGUUGUGUCGGAGAAAGAAAAUUUAGUAAAAGAGAACGAAGCUCGUCGUGUUGAAGUGGAAGAACAGUUCACGGAAAGGAUUAGUAUGUUGAAAAAAGAAUUGGAAGCUGUUAUUUCUGAGAAAAAUAAUUUGUUAAUGGCCAAAGAAUCAAGCGUUGCUGAUGUGGAAACACGGUUUCGCGAGGAUAUUAAUUUGUUGAAAGAAGAAUUGGAAGCUGUUGUUUCUGUAAAGGAGAACUUGGUAAAAGAAAAUGAAACUCGUGAAGAAAUAAGUUUGUUGAAUGAAAAGUUGGAGGCUUCAGUUUCUGAGAAAGGUAAACUUGAAAAUGAAAAUGAAGCUUGCGUUUCUGAAGUAGAGACACGGUUCCGUGAACAAUUACAGAAAAUCGUUUUAGAGAAUGAAGGUAUAAGAAAGGAAUUGGCUGGGUUUCAAGGAAAGUAUGAUUUCGAUUUGGCAGAGAAAGAUUUCAAAAUUGAAAAAAUUUUAUCAACUUGUGAAAAACUGGAAAUGGAAUUGCAAGAAACAAUGUCGAGCAAACAGUCUUUAAUUACAGAACAUGAGGCGACUAUCGCACGAAUAAAAGAUGAAUUUACCAAUGAAAUUGAUCAAAUGCGAUGCACUGCCGAAGAAAACGCAAAAGUAAUUCUUGAAUUAAAGGAAAAAUUAACUAAAACGGACAAUUCGUCGGUUGAAAGUGAAGAGCUUGUGUUACAGUUGAAAGAAAAGUCGGACUUGGUUGCUGAGUUACAAGAGAAAGUCAAAGCGUUGGUUGAGUCUAAAGAAAGCUUGCUAAAACAACAUCGGACUACAUCAGACAGAUUACAACAAGAUUUCGACGACCAGAUUGACAGCAUAAGACAAGCCGUUGAGGAGAAGGAACGUGAGCUUGCACGCGGGCAAGAGGAAAACGUGAAUACGCUACGCGUUCAAUUGGAUCGCGAACGAGAACGCUUGAAUGAGGUCGUGAACGAAAGUGCUUCUCAAAUCCGUGAACUCGAUAAUAAGAUUGUCGACAAGGAUAUACAGUAUGAGGAAAGUUUGGUGGAAAACCAGAAUCUAAAAGAGCAAGUUGAGAACUUGGUUGCUGAGGCUAAACAGAUGAGCAAAGAUUUUGGCGAGAAGGCAAACCGCGUUUUUGAGUUAGAAUCCGAACUUGUGAAAGCAGCGGCAACCAGCGAAAGCCUAGCAGGAGAAUUAGAUUCCCUAACAAGGCUAACAGAAGAACGCGAUCCCCUUCAGAAUGAUUUAAAUUCCACUGCGGAAGAACUUAGCCAGAUCAGAAAUGACCUUCAAGAAAAGUCUAACGAAGUUUCAACCUUGAAAGAGGAAGUCAACGAAACGAAACAAGCGAUGGAGAAUUUGAAAAAUGAGAACAAGAGUAUGGUCGAAGAUCUUCAACAGCAAAACAAUAGCUUGAAAACGGACCUGGAAAAAUUGUUCGAUGAAAAUCAGAAUUUAAAAACUGAUUCGGAAUCGUAUCGGGAUCAACUACAAGAGCUGAAAGAACAAAAUUCGUCGAACACGGACACACAACCAUCGGAGGUAAUUCAUACUUUGAAGAAUUUAUCCAGAAAUAUGAUUUUAUUUUCACUCAUUCAUUUAUUCAAUCAGACAGUAUGUAUAAUUUAUUCCAACAGCAAUGAAAAGAUUUUACAUACGAGCAGUAGAAUAUUUACAGAUUACAUUAGAAGAUUUACCGAUAUUUCUUUUGAGAUUUUGAUUUGAUUGCCUUUUUAUAUGAAUUAUAUGCAUUGGUUGUGUCAGUUCCAAUUUGAAUCUGUGACAACCAAAUGAAUUUAGUCUGUUCUGAUUUUAUUACCGUAAUCUAUAGCGGUUACCGAAUUAUGGGGAAAUGCUGUGUGCAAAUGCGGGCGAUAAAAUUUAAAUUUUGCAAUUUUCACGUGUAAACAUUCACCAUUAGAGAGUUUAAGCUUCGCGUUAUUCGUCAAACGGCAAACGGCAGGCAGAGAAAGAUUUUAUGAGUUUUUCAAGUUUUUUAAAAAGAUAGUUUUCAAAAAAGUUUUAAAAGAGUUUUAAAAAGCAAAAAAGUUUAAAAAGUUAGAUUUUUAAAAAAGUUAAAAAAUUUAUAAAGUCAAAAAAGUUAGGGUUGGGGAUUAGUGGUUGGGGUUAGGGUUAGUGUUAGGUGCCGCGAAUUUAUUACUAUGAUAAAUUCAAAAUUUGCCGCGAAUUUAUCAUAAUGAUAAAUUCGGACGUGUUUAAGAAUUUACUCGUAUAGUAAAUUCAAAGGUGGAGCUCAUGCUGCAUUUUUAAAUUUUACACUAAAUGUUACUAGGCUUCAUGUGAAAAUUGUCGCGGACAAAGUACGACAAAGCAGGGUAGACGGGAAAGUGAAGUAUUCAAGUCGAUGUUGGAGGAUAUUAAGGAACACGUUGGCAAUGAACACAUUGAGCAGGUGAGGAUAUAUAUAGAUUUUUCAUACAAGUCAAUUUGGGGUAUAUUAGUUUCUUUUUAUUAUAAGCAAGUCAACUUCGUUUUAAAAUUUAUAUUUUAUGACAUAUUUUUACUAUAACAUACAUUACUAUACUGGAUUUAUUAUUAUUAUUCCGCCAAUAUGUCGAAAAUAAAUAUUAUAAAAUAACAUGUAUAUAACGCGUGCUCUGAUUGGUCGAAAGAUGUGUUUGGAUCAGGCCAUCCAAACACGAAAAUUUAAUGUGAAAGUUUUUAAAGUGAAAUUUUAAGACGGAAAAUUGUUAUUUUAUAAAACAAUUACUUUAUGGUUUCCGUGUUUGGAUGGCCUGAUCCAAACACGUGGGAAUGUUGCGAGAGUUAAGAAAAGCAAGCAAAAUCACUCGCUUUAAUUUUAGUCUAGGACCUGUAUAUGAGUUUGUAUGCGAUUCAUUUAGGACAGGUAAUCUCAACUGUUUUAGGGUAAAAUGACCAUGGCGGUCAACAUGGCAUAUGUGCGAAAACCUGAAUCCGGGACGAAAGUCCUGAAAAUGACCCCGCCCUGAAACGGCAGUGUCGACAUAGCUCUAACUUCCAGAAAAGGAAAAGCGAUAGCCUUUCUGAAGUGCUUAUAGUGUUUAGAAGGGUUGCUUUUAGGGGUGGUCAUUGGAAGGAAAAAUUUGUCGAAGUAUAAUAUUUUACCAGAAAAUGACUAUGCACCACCCCAGGUAAAUUGCUGAUUAUGCACAAAUUAACUAAUAUGCCUGGCAAAAAUUAAAUAUUCUUAUUUUCUAAAAAAAAUUAUCAUGGGGUGAAAAACUAUGCUUAAUUUAAUAUAAAUAUUGUUGAUUUCAUAAGGAUUGUCAUUGUUUUCUUUAAAUAUAAUACAUUUUAUUUCACUUACCCCCCACAAAAACACGAUUUCAGCCAUAUUUUGCCGUCUUGUUUGCUUUUUAUCGCCGAAUCUCGCAAAUAUCAUCCAGUUAUUGUACUUUUACAUAAUCAUAAAUGGCUGAAGAAGAUUUCAAAAAGGUUUCAUCCACUUUUGUAACAGUGCAGUGUAUUUUACCUUCGAUAUUGUGUCCUUCGAUAUUCCGCCAAAUUGCCGCCAUUUUAAUGGCUCGCCGCUUCUUUGUCUGAUAAAUACAACUUCUUCGUUUCCAUAUGUAUUUAGAUUACAGUAUCCAAGAGUACUUCAUUGUAGAAUAGUCCCAAUCCAAAAAUUGGCAACAUUUGUCCCAUUAGGAAGGAAAAAUCCUCCCGUAUACAAUUUAGGUUCAAAAUAAAAAACAAAUCAUUUGAAAGUCACGCGCAAUCUUCGCGAAAACUUCUCGUGGACACGUAACAGGGGGGGUUGAAUAUUUUCACGAAUAUGUUCGCCACCACAGAAACAUAACUGAAUAUAUUGUAUUUAAUGUAUUUUUAUGAUUUAUGACAAAACUACGCAAAUAUUUAUCGCUUUUAUUAUAAAUCAUAAAAAUACAAUAAAUACAAUAUGUUUAGUUAUGUUUCUGUGGUUGCGAACUUAUUCGUGAAAAUAUUCAACCUCCCCCCUGUCAUGUGUCCACGAAAAAUGAAUUGUUUUUUAUUUUGAACCUAAAUUGUAUACGGGAGGAUUUUUCCUUCCUAAUGGGACAAAUGUUGCCAAUUUUUGGAUUGGGACUAUUCUACAAUGAAGUACUCUUGGAUACUGUAAUCUAAAUACAUAUGGAAACGAAGAAGUUGCAUUUAUCAGACAGAGAAGCGGCGAGCCAUUAAAAUGGCGGCAAUUUGGCGGAAUAUCGAAGGACACAAUAGCGAAGGUAAAAUACACUGCACUGUUACAAAAGUGGAUGAAACCUUCUUUGAAAUUUUCUUCAGCUACUUAUGAUUAUGUAAAAGUACAAUAACUGGAUGAUAUUUGCGAGAUUCGGCGAUAAAAAGCAAACAAGACGGCAAAAUAUGGCUGAAAUCGUGUUUUCGUGGGGGGUAAGUGAAAUAAAAUGUAUUAUAUUUAAAGAAAACAAUGACAAUCCUUAUGAAAUCAACAAUAUUUAUAUUAAAUUAAGCAUAGUUUUUCACCCCAUGAUAAUUUUUUUUAGGAAAUAAGAAUUUAAUUUCUGCCAUGCAUAUUAGUUAUUUUGUGCAUAACCAGCAAUUUACCUGGGGUGGUGCAUAGCCAUUUUCUGGUAAAAUAUUAUACUUUGACAAAUUUUUCCUUCCAAUGACCACCCCUAAAAGUAACCCUUCUAAACACUAUAAACACUUCAGAAAGGCUAUCGCUUUUCCUUUUUGGAAGUAAGAGCUAUGUCGACACUGCCGUUUCAGGGCGGGGUCAUUUUCAGGACUUUCGUCCCGGAUUCAGGUUUUCGCACAUAUGCCAUGUUGACCGCCAUGGUCAUUUUACCCUAAAACAGUUGAGAUUACCUGUCCUAAAUGAAUCGCAUACAAACUCAUAUACAGGUCCCAAGACUAAUAGGGAAAAUUAUAAGUUGGGAAAAUUAUAAGUUGACAGGGUCUAUCAGAGGUACAGUGUAAGGGUGUUCCCCAAAUUUGGAAAAUAAGCGUUUUAAUUUAAUCAUGUUUUAAGAAUUUUUUUCAGUAAAAAUGUGUUUUAAACCUUAACUAAAUUGAUGUUAGUCCGAAAAAAUUUGGGGAAAAAAUAAAAUUCGAGCAAGGGAUUAUUAAAAAAAAAUAAACACAGCAAAAAAUUUCUAAAAAAAUUUCUUGCACGUUGAAAAUGGACCACCUCGCCACCCCCAUCACUUUUCUAAUGGUCCGCCCCUAAGUAUUGUUUAUAUUUUUUGUUAUUGUUGCUACUUGACAUGCACAUCACAGCAUGCAUGUGUCUUUCGGUGUGCGGUACUCGCACUGAUGGAUACUACAUGUAAGAUACAAUGGAUCUCGAUCCGUGGAGUCCCCUACUUAACGUGGGUUUAAGCAUAAUCAGCAAUAUGAUUCCUUACUUCCCAUCAACUCCUGCACGCAUAAACUAAAAGCUGGAAUUGCCUAUUUUUUUACGAUAUAAAACCGGAAGCACAGGUAUUGUAUUUUUUUUUUACGCCUGAUGGCAAUAGGUUAAUCACAUCACCUGCAAACAGGCACAUUCUGAUCAAAGACGGAUAUAAGUAAGAUGUGGAACAUCGCAAAAAAAGUUCGUAUAAAUGAAUUUAUUCAUCAUAUAGAGAUAUAGCGCGAGGAAAGUCUCUCGUCCCCAUUUUGGCAGUAAGUGUUAUGGCGUGGUCGGUAAGCGAAAAUUUACAAACAUUCAAACUUUUAAGGAAACACGAAGAGUACCACAUCUUUAGUUAUCUAGUCUUUGCUCUGAUACUCAUUAUAGAGAAAGAUAAAUUAAUAUUUGUUAAGGUUACAUUCCAGUUGAGCGUUUUUAUAAAAAUUCUUUUAUUUUUGUUAUUAUUUUACAAAUAAGGCCUGUUUUAUACGUUGAAUUUUGGUCGCGUCCAAUACAAUUAAGACAAUAGAUAAUGAGAUGAUAAACAGUCAUUAAGCUUCGUUAUCUAUUGUUUAAAUUGCAUUUGACGCGACUGAAAUUCGACGUAUAAAACAGGCCUAAGUUAACAAAUACAUACAAAAACUUACAAAACACUAAAUUCUGUUUAUUUAUUUGUUUAUUUCAUAACAUUUAAACGGAUUACUAUUUUAUGUGCGUGUAGUGCAUAUGAAAAACGCGUGACUGGAGAGCAGCCUAUAUAAUAAAUAUAAAAUAGAUUUUUUUAAAAAAAAUAAAAACUGCAUUCAACAAAAACUUUCCACUACAAAAGAAAAAGAAUAAAAAGAUUGAAUACUGCUUUAAAAGUCCUUGGAUGACUCACGGUAUCAUCUGUAAUUGAAAAAAAUAAACUAUAUAGAGAAUAUUUGAAAACACCUAAUCAGAAAAAUGAAGAAACAUACAAAAAGUAUACGAACAAACUAAAUCACCUAGUCUAACUUGCUAAAAAAUAUUUUGAAAAACAAUUUGUAAAUUAUAAUAGUCGAAUGACACAAUCUCGUACCCAGAGCAAUGCCUGUGCACGAGCUAGGAUGGUAUUGGCUCUCGGGAAAUUGAAUUUUUCCUGUGCUGUGAUUGGUUUAACAUUUAUCAAUCGUGCAUGCCGACAAAGAACCGGAACCCCUAAAUUUAGGGGUUCCAGUUGUCAAUUUCCCCAGAGCCAAUGCCAUCCUAGCCCGUGCAUAGGCAUUGCUCUGGGUACGAGAUUGAGAAUGACACGGAAAACGAUUAACAAAAUUUUAAAUAGAAAGAACGAAAAAUCCACACUACCGGAUAAAUUCAUAGAAAGCCUUGACAAAUCCAACUGUCAUCGCAAACAACUUUAAUAAAUAUUUUAUUAAUGUAGGACCUGAGUUAGCUAAACAAAUGGACGAUUUGCGCUUUAGACUAAAUUUUAAUCUAAAUAAGAACAACGAAAUAUAUCACUACAGCUAGAAAGAGCAUCUUAGAAUUAGUAACCAUCGACACCCUUGAAACCAUUGAAACCCUUGAAACCAUAGACACCCUUGAAACCUUCGAAACCAUUGGAACCCUUGAAACCAUCGACACCCUUGAAACCCUUGAAACCAUUGAAACCAUCGAAACCAUCGAAACCUUUGAAACCAUCGAAACCUUUGAAACCAUCAAAACCAUAGAAACCAUUGAAACCAUCGAAACCCUUGAAAUCCUUGAAACCAUUAAAACCCUUGAAACCAUCGAAACCAUUAAAACCCUUGAAACCAUUAAAACCAUUGAAACCAUCGAAACCAUCGACACCCUUUAA